GUUAUGGAGAGAUCUAUCCGGUGACCCUGAAUGGUAAGGUGGUCUGUAUCCUGUAUGCCAUGGUGGGUAUCCCCCUCAUGCUCCUGGUCAUCACAGAUGUGGGAGACCUCAUGGCCGUGCUCCUGUCCAGGGCCUACAUCCACCUGCACACUCUUUUCUGCAGGUUGCGUCAAUAUGGCCGCUGGUUCCGCUCCCAUCACACAGAGAAGUCAGGGGACGGGGGCCAGGGGGACCGCCAGGACGGAACCUACACAUUCAGCCACAAGGUGGUCGUCCAGGAGCCCAUCGACAUCCGACAGGUCCUUCACAGCCAGCAGUCUGUGAAGUGCAAGUCCAACCAGUUGCUGAACAACACAAAGAUCUUUGACUGCAUCAUUGCACAGGAGAACUUCAACAGGCAGGGCCCACUGUGCCGGAGCCUUUCUUGCCAUGAGCUUGACAGCAUGCCUCCCUUGCCCAAAGACUUUGCCAUCUGGGACUUCACAGGCAUCGGGGAGAGUAUGGACAAGCUAAACGUCCCGCUGCUCCUCAUCCUGGUGGUGGUGUUUGCCUACAUCCUGUUUGGAGGCCUCAUCCUGCCCCUGUGGGAGACAGAGUUCAACACCUUUGACGCCUACUACUGCUUCAUCACCCUCACCACCAUUGGCUUCGGUGACAUCGUGCCCAACCACCCCAAGUUCUUCAUGCUCACCUUCAUCUUCAUCAUCACGGGCAUGGCCAUCAUGUCCAUGGCCUUCAAGCUGGGCCAGUCACGCAUUGUCAGCUGUUACCGCCAGUGCAUGCGCUGUAUCAGCGGGGGAAGGUGA